AGGCCUUGUUAUUUCUUCGAUAUUUAUUCGAGCAGCCAGGGGCCAUUCGUUUUCUCUCUCGCCAUGACCAGCACUGCAAGUCUCCAUCUUACUGCCGCCACUGCGGCCAUUGCCGUCGCCGGGAAAUCUCAACGACGUUCACUCAUCCUCGCUUACACGAGCUCCAAAAUCACGUUUUCCAAUCACAAAUACUCUCUCCAAGCUUUACUCCGUCCAACCCUCUCCAUCUCCCCUUCUCGCCUACGCAUCUUCUCUACAGCAUUUUCUGAAUCUCACAAUGACGAAGAACCCGUUGAACCUCCGCAAGCCGAUGAAGAUGCCGCCGCCGAACAUAAGCAGAGAUCGGCAGAAUCCCGGCGGCUCUACGUCGGCAACCUCUCCUUUUCGAUGACUUCUUCCGAGCUCUCUGAGAUUUUCAGCCAGGCCGGAAAAGUUGGCGAAGUGGAGAUGAUCUACGGCCGCUCCACCAACCGGAGCCGGGGAUUCGCUUUUGUAACAAUGAGUACUGCUGAGGAGGCUAACGAGGCCAUCCGAAUGUUUGAUGGAGUUCUAAUUGGAGGCCGGACUUUGAAGGUGAACUUCCCUGAGGUACCCAGGGGUGGUGAGCGCGAGGUGAUGGGCCCAAAACUGAGAGCUAACUCUGGGGGAUAUGUUAACAGCCCACACAAAAUUUAUGCUGGUAAUCUUGGGUGGAAAGUAACCUCCGAGUCUCUUAGGGAUGCAUUCUCAGUUUAUUCUGGGCUUUUAGGCGCCAGAGUUAUCUAUGAACGGGAUUCCGGCAGGUCUAGGGGCUUUGGCUUUGUCACUUUCGCCUCUGCUGCUGAAUGCCAGGCUGCGCUGGAAGCCAUGAAUGGAAAGCUGGUUGCCGGGCGGCCUCUCCGCUUGAAUCUCGCUUCGGACAAGUCUCUGCCGGAAACUCCAUUACUGGCCACAGUCUCUGCUUCGUUGGAGAGCCAUGGAGAAGACAUUAGUGUGGAUCAGGAGAGGUCCAUGGAAUCAAAUCUUGUAUGAAUCAAUAUGAACAUUUAAUGGAUUCCAAGUAUUUUUUGGUUGAAGCAGAAGUGAAAGUUGCAGAUAUUGUGGAAGUUGUGAGUUAGUAUGAGCUAUUUGGUUGCCUCUUCACUUUCUUCUAUGCUUUUUUGUCUCUUCUUCACUUUUGUAUUCUAUUUUCUUUACUACUCCUCUCAUAAUGUUGACAUUAAUAUAUUAAUUUUGUUGGUUAAAAUGGGAAA